AUACCGUGGAAAGAAGCUUCACACCAGUAAUCAGAAGGGCUGUGUAGGGCAGAAGUUAGACACCAGUAAGAAGGCUGUGUAGAGCAGAAGUUAGGCACCAGUAAGAAGCCUGUAUAGGGCAGAAACCAUGGGGAUGGUACAGUGGUGGACCCUACUCUGGAUAUCAUGGUACUGUCACACACUUUCAGCUGAGGUGUUAGUGCAGUACAAAUACUUCGUUCCUGGGCAGAGAAAAGACAUCUCUCUACAAGCCCCCGCUGAGCCCAAAGGGACAGAAUUCAUCUGGGAGUGGACACCACAUGAUGGAAGCAAUAAAAGACUCAUAAUAACUAUACAGUCCAAUGGAGACUUUGUGAGGAAUUCAUUGUUUUUUUCUAUUUCAAAGGAAAGCAAGUAUGGCAUUCGUCUGGAAUCACAGUCAGAGAUUGCAGGGGUUUUUACUUUUAUUCAAACUAAACCAGAGAACGUCAACUUGGCCCAGAUUAUAGUGUCUGCUGUAAAAGUGACUCAAUCGCCCAGGUCCAUAAUAAAUGAAGGUUCUGAUGUGGCCUUGAGCUGUGAGGUAUCCCACCUUCCAGAUUCAGCUACACUGGCCUGGGAACGGGACAGAGAACCCACUGCUAACACAACGCUGCUCUACAACAACACUGCCCACAUCAUCAUCCACAGUGCUGAGCAGUACAGUGCGGGAUCAUAUAACUGUACACUCCGACGGAACGGAUCGCUUAUUUUCAGCGUUCCCCAUACAUUUAGAGUCAAUGAGGGUACAUUCAGGACACACCCCACUCUGUACAGAGGGAGUUUGAAUGGCAGUGAGUUGGUGCUAAUCUGCCAUUCUCACAGCUCAUGGGAUAAAGCUGAGUGGUAUUGGACCCCACUGUCUCAGUCCUCAAUCCUUCUGAUCUCAGCUGAUAAACACAAGGAUGUGUCAGUUUCCAUGGAGACAGAUAAAGAAAGAUUCUCAUUUGAUGUCUAUGAUGGGUAUAAGUUUCCUCUGAGAAUCUCACCAGUGAAGUUUGGCGACAGUGGAGGGUACACCUGUUAUUAUGAUGGACAGACGUACAGUACAGUAACUCUGGUAACUAUUUGGGUCUCUGCAGAGCCCCCUGGUGGUCUUUCCAGGAAUCAGUCAGUUGUGCUGAACUGUGAGAUAUCGCAGGGGAUCGACAAUGUGACCCUGGCCUGGCUCCGGAUGAAGGGGGGCAGGGGGGAGCUCGUAAAACAGGAGGUCCUGACAAAGAGAACCCCAAAAAUGAUGCUCAGCCUCACCCUGCCCAGCCUCACUGAAGACCAGCUACACUGGGCCUGUGUGGUGUUCACAGGGAGCGUGCUCAGAGCACAGGUUCCCCUGCACCUCACGCUGCCAACAACGCACAUCAAGCAAGGGUGGAGCACUGAGACAGUGGUCAGGGUGGUGAUUGUAGCGCUGGCCACCCUGGGGAUGCUAUUGGUUCUGAGGUGGUACUGGUCCUGGACGAGACUCCAUGCAAGUGAACCUGAGUCAGCCCAGCCUGAGGAGUGACCAGAGCAGCAAAGCCCUGCAGGACCAAUGCAAUGGUGAGCCUCCCUCCAAUGUACAGCUCUCACUGACAAACACAGAUUAGUCUCUAAACUGUGCAGAGUGAUCUGGAAAUACUCGCAAGAUUAAAUUUAAACUCAAAGUUCCUGCAAUGCAAACCACAGAGGAAGUGUACCUCGGCUGCCAACACAACUUAAUGAACGACAAAGGAACUCACACUCCAGUAUCAGAAUAAAGAUACUCUGAUUUGAAUGUGUUUUGUUAAGACAUAAAGGGCAAAGAAUAUAUAGAAAAAUGUUGUUUUAAAGAACCAAUAUCAGUGUUUGUCAAGACCGUCUCCCCUUUCCCACGUCCUUAGCCAAAGGGCUGAUCAGCAGGAACAGGUAGAAUUGUGUCGUCUCUCCUGUUUGAUGCUGCGAUGCAUCCUGCCAACCUAACAUAUUGAUGAGCCACCAAACACAACCUGCGUCUGCGUAUUCCAUCUCAACGCGAUUCACAGAUUGUACUGUUAUAAAUCUUUCAUUUCAUGAAAAAACAUUCAUGUAGCACGUUUUCCAGAUGACACUGUCACACAGCAGUUUUUCAGAGGUUCAGAGUUUUUUGUUUUUUUUUAGCUAUGUAAGCUGUUUAUUGUUCAUAUGGAAGUAUAUACCCUAUUGCUUUGCACUGUAUAAACAUUUUCCGUCAAUAUUAAUCAAAUGAAUCAAAUAGGCUCUCGUCCUUAUCUUUUUUGUACAAUUAGCAAUUGACAUUGUACUUUCAGUGCACUUCCUGGUUAUUGCUAUGCACUUUGCACUUUGUAGCACCUCCUCUGGGUAAGAGCAUCUGCCAAAUGCCAAUAGUGGAAUGUAGGAUAAUUUUUCUAUUCCUUCACUGAUUGUGUUUUCAGUUUUUUUUUUAAUGUAAAAUAACUGCUUGUUUUUAACCAUUUAAUUUGGUGAGUUUAUUUUCUAUUGGAUGGAAAUAGAAACCAUCUACAAAAACUUUAUAAUAAAAAAUAUUUUCAUGA